AUGCCCUCAUCAGGCUCCGGUCAGCGCAUAUUCAGCCGAUCACGGACGGGAUGUCGAACAUGCCGGCUUAAAAAAGUCAAGUGCGAUGAGGCGCGGCCUCAGUGUCAACGAUGUCGUCGGCUCCGUCGUUUCUGCGAUUACAGCAACCAAACCGAACUUGUCGCCCAAGAAUCAAUGCAGGCGAACCACCGAGGGGGUGAACUGAUUCUGCAACUGCCCGCUUUUAGCAGCAGUGCCUGUUCCGUCAGCCUCACAACUGUGGACCAUGAAGCGAUUCGGUACUUUCGCACCACGUUUGCGCGGCGCAACCACACCAAGAAUCCAGACUAUUCAGUCUACUCCGUCAUCUUCACCAUUGCCCAAUCCGAGCCCCUUGUCAUGCACACGGUGCUGGCGCUCGCUUGUCGGGCCAUUCAGCCACGCGACGAAGCAACGACCAUCAUCUCGCGUAGGCAAAACUGGAAUCAUUUGUUCCACUACUCGUCAGCGUUGGGCCGACUAAAAGAGGAGCUGGAGAAGAGCCCGGACAGCAACGAGUCUUUUCAUUUCGAUGCCUGCUUUACGGCGCUAUACGUCAUGCUGGUGUAUGAGCAGCAUUUUGGCGACGACGACGGCUUUGCGGGGCUCGCCCACCAUCUCCAAGGUGCCGCCAUGGUUCUUCGACAUUGUGGGCAUCACAUUAGAAGAGACUUGGAUGCAGAGACGCUGGCGACGCCGCCGCUGGCUAUAUGCCAGCGUGGUGGCUCCUCGGAAAGGAGGCUUUCUUUGUAUUCGGCGCGCAUUCUGAUUUGGAUGUCGCUGUGUGAUGCAACGGCAGCGACGUACGGCAUUGGUGGGUCGUUUAAUGCUGCGUUGAACGAGAUUUUGGGGUCCGACGACCCGGAAGGAAUCGAGCGCCUGCACACGUUUUCCAACUCUCUCUUCCGCGUCGUGUGGGGUGAAGCGUACCCGCAGGCCGAGCUCACGGACGACAUUGAAAAUCGGAGCGUCUUCGAGCUCACUGUGUGCUGCUCCCGGGCCAGGUAUUCUCUCGCAACCCUCGCCCGUGCUGUAAACGCCGGAGACGUGGAAGCGUCGCAGGCACGCACUCGCGCUACAAAGUCCUUGAUCCAGUACCUUGCCGCACGGUAUCGCGAGCUCCUGGAAGUUGCCAGCGGGCUUUUGCCUUGCACGGACCACUCGCAUAGACUGGUGGCCAACUUGCGCGGCAUCGUGCCCCAUUACCACGCUGCCGUCAUUGUCUUUUCGCGGCUGGCAGACAAGGUGCCAGAUUAUCCUCCCGUCUUUGUCGAUAUUAAACCGCACGUGGAUGCCAUCAUGAGUCUCGCGCGGCAGGCUUACAGGCAUCAAGGCAGCGACGCCAUGGUUCGCAUCGCUUGGCCCUUGCUCGUAGUCUCUCUGGAAACAACACACCAACCAACCCUAAAUUGGAUCAUUGCUCGCUUUCAAUCCAUGGCGACCCUGGGCAAAAACAUGGAGCGUGCUACGGAUUUCCUCCGACAUUCAGUGGGGCCCUCGAAAGCUACAGGUGGUGUUACGGCUUGUUGGGCGGAUCCGGCCCGCUGGUUUCGCUCGACAGAUGGAACGCCCUUCAUCAUCUGA